CUGUUCAAAAUAACAUAUAGAGCUAUAAAAUAACAUAUUUUAGGCAAAACGUUUUUGCGACUUUGAUAAACAUUAGCGACUUCCGGUACGUUAUUUUCUCGCAGCAUUUUUUUUGAGGUGUUCUUCUUCAAGAUCACUUUUUCCAAAAUGCCGCCUAUUGAGAAAGUUGUUUCUGUACAGGAUGAGAAAACAGAAGAAGAAAUACAAGCAGCUAAACCAGUUAUUGGAAUUAUAUAUCCUCCCCCAGAAGUAAGGAAUAUUGUAGACAAGACUGCUAGCUUUGUUGCCAGAAAUGGACCGGAGUUUGAGAGCAGAAUCCGUCAGAAUGAAAUUAACAACCCUAAAUUUAAUUUCCUCCAACAAAAUGACCCAUACCAUGCAUAUUACCAGUAUAAAGUCAAAGAGUUCAAGGAGGGCAAAGCUCAAGAACCAGCUGUUCCCAAGCCAGGUCAGUUAGCAGCUGUUCAGAAACAACAGGCAGAGCAAGCUAGAUUGUUAUUAGAGACAAUUGUCCCUAAGGAACCACCACCAGAGUUUGAAUUCAUAGCAGAUCCACCAUCUAUAUCAGCUUUUGAUUUAGACGUAGUAAGACUUACAGCACAGUUUGUAGCUAGAAAUGGACGCCAGUUCCUUACAAACCUAAUGAACAGAGAACAGAGGAACUACCAAUUUGAUUUCUUACGACCACAGCACAGUUUGUUCAAUUACUUCACUAAACUUGUAGAACAAUAUACAAAGAUUUUGAUUCCACCAAAAGACUUACAAGAGAAGUUAACUAAGGAAUCUGAAGAAUAUAAAGAGGUUUUACAGCAAGUAAAGUACAGAGUAGAGUGGUGUAAAUAUCAAAUCAGGGAGAGAAAGAAGGAAGAAGAAGCUCUAGAACGAGAGAGAAUUGCUUACACACAGAUAGACUGGCAUGACUUUGUUGUUGUAGAAACAGUGGAUUUCCAACCCAAUGAACAAGGUAACUUUCCCCCACCCACAACACCAGAUGAAGUUGGAGCCAGAAUUCUGAUGCAGGAAAGAGGAGGAGGAGAAAAGGCUGAUGAUCAGAUGGAGGUAGAAUCAGAUGAGUCUGAAGAUGAGGAGGACGGAGAAGAGAUAGACUUUGACAAUGCUCCCACACCUCCUCUACCAGAGGGAAAUUUACAGGAGAUGGAAGGAGAAUCAUCGUCUGAGGAAGAUGAACCCGUGAAGAUUCCAACUCCUGCUCCACCCCAGCCACCCAUGCCACCACCCCCACCACCACCCAGUGAGAUACCACCAUUGCCACCAACACCAGAUCAAGUCAUCAUCAAGAAGGAUUACAAUCCUAAAGCUCGUCCUUCCAUGGGAGAAAUAACCACAGACAUGGUGUCACCAAUUACUGGAGAGAAAAUUCCAGCACACAAAGUUCAAGAGCAUAUGAGAAUAGGAUUACUUGAUCCUAAAUGGAUCCAGGAAAGACAGAGAGCUAUGAAUGAGAAGAAGGAACAAGAAGAAGUUUAUGCCCCUGGUGUUUCUAUUGAGAGCAGUCUAAAACAGCUGGCAGAAAGACGUACUGAUAUCUUUGGUGUUGGUGUAGAAGAAACACAGAUUGGUAAAAAGAUUGGAGAAGAAGAAAGAAAAGAACAGAGAGUUGUAUGGGAUGGACACACAGCUUCUAUGGAAAAAGUCACACAGAAGGCUAGAGAGAACAUCUCUAUUGAGGAGCAGAUUGCUACAAUACAUAAAACUAAAGGCCUGGUAGCUGAUGAGGAAAAAGAGAAGAUUGGUCCAACUGUCCCUAAAGUCCAGCCUCCCCCUCCUCCCCCUCCUUCUAAACCAGCUCCCCCUCCCCAACCUCCAAUGAAUAUGCACAAAAGUAUGGCACAACCACCACUACCAAGACUACCAAUGUCAGCACCACCAAUGCCACUCAUGAAUCAGCCACAGAGACUAAUGAUGAUUUCUACACCUAGGCCACCAAUGAAUGUUAUUGGAAUGCAGCCUCAGCCUAUGAUGCCCCAGCCUAUGAUGGCCAGGCCACCACGUCCAGGGUUUGCACCAACCCUGCUGGCUCACCCCCCUGGACCUCCAAAGCCACCAUCUAUGGAUGAACCUCCAGCAAAGAAGGCCAAGACAGAAGAGCAGUUGAUCCCAGAGGAUGUGUUCUUGUCCAGAAACAAAGGUCCUGUUACCUUUAAAGUUAUGGUACCAAAGGCUGAUGACAAACCAGAAUGGAAACUCAAUGGACAGAUGUUGACCUACACAUUACCACUUUCUGACUCUAUUGCUGUUAUGAAGGCUAAGUUAAAUGAGAGUCUGGGACUACCGGCUGGUAAACAAAAGUUACAGUAUGAUGGUAUCUUCAUGAAGGAUUCUAACUCCUUAGCUUACUACAACAUCAAUAAGGGCGCUGUAAUUAGCUUACAAUUAAAGGAGAGAGGAGGAAGGAAGAAAUAAAGGGAGAUAACAAAUGUAGUCAACUACAAUGACAAGGGGAGAUGACUACAAUAUUGACAAGGGGAGACUACUGUUAGUGUUCUUUAUUUGUUAUGGUGUAUAUAUUGUAUUGAAGUAUUGAAGUCUUAUAGACAUUGUGAAAAGGGCUCCAAAGACAAUUGUAAUUAUGAAAUGUAGUAAAUGAUUUUAAAAAUGAUUGUAUGAAUCUGUUAACAAGCUACUUUUUUCAUUCAUUCUUUCUUGUCAAAUUUAUAUCAUGGGUUUUUGAUUUCACUUUACUGUUAACAUUUUUCUUGUAAGCAUAUAACUAAGUUUAAGGACCAUUCAUUUAUGGAUUUAGACAAAGUUUUCAAUUUUCCUUAUUAUUGUAUCUAUCGAUUGUUUGUAUUUGGGUUUCACUGGCAUAUUUGGGGUUUCAAAGAAUGAUGGUACAGAAUCUUAUUGGAAAAUAACAAUUUUCAAUAUAUUUCCACUCAGUAAUGUUCAUUACAUAAAGAUAUAUAUAUUGUAUGAUUCACAAAAUGUUUUUACUGAUAUAUAUCCCAAAUUAUGAUUUUGAAAUUUUGAAAGAGUUAUGUUUACUAAUGUAGAAACUUGGUUUGUUGAUAUUAUUGAUAAGUUAAUUACAUAUUGGAAAAAAUACGCAUUUAAAAAGAUUUUUUUAUUCGUGAUGAGAAAAUUUGUGACUUUUUUUUAUGCCAUAAUACAAUAUGCUAUUUUAAAAGACAACAUAAAUCAAUAAAAAAAAAAUUCAUGUUUAGAUGUAGUCUGAUACCCAAUGAUGUCAGGAUGUAUAUAAGACAACAUCCUUAUUUUGAAAAUGAGUUAAAUUUGAUCUAGGCAUUUUCAUUUUAUUCAUAGCGAUGUAAUGUUAUUGCAAUAAAAAAAAAAAAAAUAUAUAGAAUCGGAAAGCCUUCAUCAUAUGGUGAAUUGUUGUCUUUUUUAUGGAACUUUUUUAUAGUUUGCUAUCUAAGUUACAUUCAGUAGAAUAAAAACAGGCUUUUCUAGUCAGUGACUCUAUUC